AACUUCUCUACGUCCUUGGAUUCCAUCUAAACCUUCGACUCCGCCUCUAUCCAACAAUCCAAUUGUUUACCCCAGCGUCGUCUUUAAGCUUCAGUCCUGACGAAGUAAAUGAUAAUCAUUCCACUGAGCCGGGCGUUCUCCUGUUCUUCUGUUCUUCCCCUCCUCCACCCCCCUCUCUUCUUCUCGUCAGCCUCGGAUGGUUGGCGGGAGCUCCUCCACAGCUCGAUUGAUACCGCCUGCUGCUGCAACUACAACUACAGCCGCCAUGAUUACCUUUCGAAGAUCGAUAGCCGCCACCAUCUUCCUACUCACUUCCUUCUUCUUCCUCCUCUCCUCCCAUUCCAACUCCAACACUAGACCUGCUAUCUCGACUGUCACUCGCGCAGAACUCCACUCAACACCCCCCUAUCCAGACCCCGCCCAGACACCCACCGCCACAAAUCAACAAGCUGCACAUACCCAAUCCGGCUCAUCCGGCUCAGGCAUAUCAAAACCGGCAGUACAUCAACCUCAUAACCCACCACCCCCAGAUAACCUUGCCCGGAAACCCCUCCGCGAACGACUCCGUUACCAAUUCCCCUAUGACGUCCAAUCUAAAUUCCCCGCCUACAUCUGGCAAACCUGGAAAUACACCCCCGCUUCCGGCGAGUUUGAAGAGAAACUCCGCCCCUUGGAGGCCAGCUGGACUGAAUGGCACCCAACCUUCGUCCACGAAGUAAUCACAGACGAGGCAGCUGACCCGCUGCUAAGAUACCUCUACGCCGCCUUCCCAGAGAUCCUCGACGCAUACCGCUCCCUGCCCUUGCCCGUUCUCAGGGCAGAUUUCUUCCGCUACCUCAUCCUCCUCGCCCGCGGUGGCAUCUAUAGCGACAUCGACACCUCCGCCCUCCAGCCCGCUGAGGACUGGCUGCCCAGAUACGUCAACCGCUCCACCAUCGGCCUGAUCAUCGGCAUCGAAGCCGACGCCCUCGACCGCGAAGACUGGUAUCAGUGGUACUCCCGCCAGGUCCAGUUUUGCCAGUGGACCAUCCAGUCCAAGCCGGGCCACCCGGUCCUGCGCGAUGUCGUCGCGACAAUCACCGAGGAAACCCUGCGCAUGAAGCAGGCGGGGAUCCUAACCCCGAGCAAGAUGGAUAAGUCCAUUGUCGAGUUCACGGGCCCCGCCGUGUGGACGGAUGCGGUCUUUCGGUAUUUCAAUGACCCGAACUAUUUCGAAGCCGCGCGGCCACCGCAUGGGCGGAAUGUGACGGCGAUGGAUUUUUCGGGCAUCACGGUGCAGAGACAGUUGGGGGAUGUGGUUGUGUUGCCGAUUACGAGUUUUAGUCCUGGGGUGCGCCAGAUGGGCGCGAAGGAUCCGGAUGAUCCGAUGGCGUUUGUGAAGCAUGAGUUUGAAGGUACCUGGAAGCCAGAGCAGGAGCGGUUUAUCGGCCACCAGAUAGCUGUACCUACUACUACUACUACUACUAUUGCUACACCCGAAAUCCAAAAUUAACAAAAAUUACAAUGGCCAUUUUUUUUCAACAAAAAGGAAAAAAAACAAUGUACCGAACAAAAACCUUUCCACCGAAACCAAAGUUGUUCAUUUCCAACUAAUCUAUCUGUCUUACCCACGGACCGAGCGAACGAAACCCGCUGGUAGAAACCCCAGGCCUUCUCCAAUUGAGACAUGGGGAACUGGAAAAUAGAUUGGAAAAAACUAAAUCCCUUUUCACCGCCAACAUGUAUAUAUAUAUAUAUAUAUAUGUA